AUGGCCGCUCAGGUCGCCAGCGUCGCCGCUCUCAACACUAGCCCGCCAUCCGAACUCAAAAAGCCGGACCGGGACCCACAGGACGAGUCGGUACCGGCCGAGAAGCAGCAUGAAAACAAGGACACGGGACCUGACGCGGGAUCUCCGGGAGAGAAGGAGCUGCAGGACGGCAGCGAUGCUGGGGGGGGAGGAGGAGCGGACCCUGACAUGAAGAACGGGAAUUUAGCCCGGCUGAAUAAUAACAGCAGCAACCAGAAUGAUUCAGGCGGGCCCGAAGGAAACAACCUGCCCGGGAUGGGCCACCACCACCCCGGAGCCUUCCCUCCACCUCCUUACGGCUACAACCAGCACUACAGCCGGGGCCCUUUUCCUCAACAUGGCGGACAACAAAGCCCUGGCAUGGCAGCUGCAUCGGGGCCGGGCAUGAUGGAGCCUUACCCCGCUAACUCACACGAACACGGCUACCACAACAACUACAACAGCUACAACCAGUUCCAGAACAGGACUUCCUACCAGGGCCAGGGAUACGGGCCCAUGAGCUCCCCGCGGAGCAGCCAGCCUCCGGCGGCUGGGGGGCAGCCAGGCAAGCAGCAGCAGCCGGCAGGAGGAACCGCUGCUAUGGCUGCCUCCUACAACAACCAGAGGUACAGCAUGGGGACCCAGCAGCCCACAUCCACGCCGACUUUAAACCAGCUCCUCACGUCCCCGAGCUCCGCCAGGAGCUACUCCAGCUACCCCCAGGGAGACUACAACAACCAAGAAGGGCCCAAUAAGGGGGCAGGAGAUCAGUAUGCUGGGGUCCAUCCGGGCUGGCAACAAAGGGCCCAUCACCCGCCCCCCAUGAGCCCAGGAAACACCGGACAGCCCCCCAGCAGGAACCAGCCUCCCAGCCCGAUGGAGCAGGUAGGGAAGAUGCGGGGCCAGCCAUACGGAGGACCCAGCCCCUACUCCCAGCAUCAGCAAGGGCCUCCCACUGGACCGGGCCCCCAACAAGGAGGCUCCUACCCAGGGCAGAGCUAUGGGCCCCCGGGCCCUCAGAGGUACCCGAUGGGGAUGCAGAGCCGCACACCGGGGGCCAUGGGUGGGCUGCAGUACGGACAGCAGAUGUCUGCCUACGGACAGCAGGGUCCAGGAGCCUACGGCCAACAGAACCAGGGCUACUACAGUCAGCAUGGCCCGCCCCCUCACCCCGGCCAGCAGCAGUCCUCAUAUUCUGGCCCCACCCAGGGCGGCUCUGCUGCUCCCUACACUCAGCAGGGCCACCCCUCUCAACCUCCUGGCCAGCAUGGGCAGCCAGGGCCCCCAUACCAACAAUCUCAAGGGCCCCAUGGACCCGCUGCAGGACAGCCCCCCUAUAGCCAGCCCCCACAGUCCCAUUCAGGACAGCCACCUUACGUCUCUCCUCCUCAACAGCAGCAGCAGCAGCAACAACAGGGUCCUGGUCCCCAGAGUCAACAGGGCCCUCAGGGACAACCCGGGUACCAACAAUCGGGCGGACCGGGUCAGACACCUCAGCAGCAGAGCCAACAGCAGCAGCAAGGGCCACCGCAACAGCCGGGAGGUCCGUCCGCUGCGGCCCAGCAGCCCCCGGGUCACGGCCAGCAGAACCAGCAGUCGCCGUACUCCCAGACUCCACCCCUGCAGCAACCCCAGCAGCAGCAGCAAUCACAGCCUCAGCAGCAAUCUCCAUUUCAGAGGUUCCCACCCCCUCCACAGGAGCUCUCCCAGGACUCCUUCAGCUCCCAGUCCAGCGCUCCUCCCUCCAACCAGCCCAACAAGAGUGGCCAGGAAGACAGCAUGCAGGGCCGACCGUCCAGCCUGCCGGAUCUGUCCGGCUCCAUCGACGACCUGCCCACCGGUACCGAGGCCGUCCUGAGUCCGGGCGUCAGCACCUCCGGUGUGUCCAGCAGUCAGGGCGAGCAGAGCAACCCCGCCCAGUCGCCUUUCUCCCCACACACCCCUCCCCACCUGCCCGGCAUACGCGGACCCUCGCCCUCUCCGGUGGGCUCCCCGGCCAGCGUGACCCCGUCUCGCAGCGGGCCGCUGUCCCCGGCCGCCGUGCCAGGUAACCAGAUGCCUCCCCGGCCGCCCAGCGUCCAAUCAGACAACAUGAUGCAUUCUUCCAUGAACCAGUCACCCAUGGGUCCAGAUAGAGCGUACAUCCGUAACCCUCAGAUGCCUCCGUAUGGGUCCCCUGGACAGCCUGGCUCUGCCUUAUCCCCACGCCAGUCCUCAGGAGGCCAGAUGCAUAGCGGAAUGGGACCAUAUCCACAGAACAAUACCAUGGGGAACUAUGGCCCUCAGGGGGGCCAGUAUGGCCCACAAGGCUACCCCAGGCAGCCCGGCUACACAGGGAUGCCCAACGCUAACUACCCCAGUGGACCCGGAAUGGGCGGCUCCAUGAACGCCAUGCCGGGUCAGGGCGGCGGGGCUCCGUACGGAAACAUGCCGCCCGGACGGAUAGGCCCAGGGCAGAUGGGGGCCCGGCCCUUUGGUCCUGCCGGCAUGGGCCCCAACAUGGGGAACAUGCCGCCUCAAGUGGGGUCCGGCAUGUGCCCCCCUCCCGGCAUGAACAGGAAGGACGGCGGCCCCUCCAUGCACCACGGCGCAGGCAACUCCAUACACAACAGACCCCCAGGAUAUCCCAACAUGUCCCAGGGCAUGAUGGGAUCAGGCCCCCCCUACGGCCCGGGGAUGAACAGCAUGCAUGGUGUGAUGAACCAGGGAGGGCCGGGGCCCUAUCCAGUGGGAGGAAACAUGGCCAACAACACCCCCGGGAUGGCGCCAGGCUCUGAGUUUGGCAUGGACAAAAUGACCCCCACCCAGAAGAUCAACAACAAAGUGGAUGGGACUCCAAAACCUGAAUCCAAAAAGAAGUCCAGCUCUUCCACCAUCACCAACGAGAAGAUCACCCGGCUGUACGAGCUGGGCCCCGAGCCGGAGAGGAAGAUGUGGGUGGAUCGAUACCUGGCCUUCGCUGAGGAGAAGGCCAUGGGGAUGAGCAACCUGCCCGCCGUGGGCCGCAAGCCCCUCGACCUCUUCCGCCUCUACGUGUCUGUCAAAGAGAUUGGUGGCCUCACCCAGGUGAACAAGAAUAAGAAAUGGAGGGAGCUGGCCACCAGCCUGAACGUGGGAACGUCCAGCAGCGCCGCCAGCUCGCUCAAGAAGCAGUACAUCCAGUGUUUAUACGCCUUUGAGUGUAAGAUUGAGCGCGGCGAGGACCCGCCCCCUGACUUCUUCAACACAGACACCAAGAAGAACCAGCCCAAGAUCCAGCCUCCGAGCCCAGCUGGUUCAGGGUCCCUCCAAGGGCCACAAACUCCCCAGUCAACCACCAGCUCCAUGGCAGAAGGAGGAGACCUGAAGCCCCCCACGCCUGCCUCCACCCCGCACUCACAGAUGCCUCCGAUGCCCGGCGUCAGGAGUAGUGUGAAUCUUCAGGAUCCUUUUGCCGACGGCGGAGACCCUGCAUUCUCCAGAAGGAACACCAUGACUCCUAACUCUCAGGGCUACCAGCCGGGCAUGGGCGGUCCGGAGAUGAUGAGCCGCAUGGCUCCGUACGAGUCAAACAAAGACCCAUUUGGAGGCAUGAGGAAAGCGGGAGAACAGUUCAUGCCACCGAACCCUAACAGCGGCAUGGGGGAGCAGUAUAACAGAGGACCACCAGGACCCAUGGGGGCCAUGCCAAUGGGUCAGAGACAGCAGUACCCAUACGGAUACGACCGAAGGCAGGAACAAGGCAUGGGCCCUGAGGGAAACAUGGGGCCCGGAGCACCUCAGCCCAGUAUGAUGCCUUCUGGUGCCGACGCAGGGAUGUAUUCACCCAGCCGCCCCCCGCCACAGCAACGGCACGAGUCGUACACAAAUCAAUACCCUGGCCAAGGGGCUCCCCCUGGUGGCCCAUACCCGAAUCAGCAGCCAGGAAUGUACCCACAGCAGCAACCUAACUACAAGCGGCCUGUAGAUGGCGUGUACGGUCCUCCAGCCAAGCGCCAUGAGGGGGAAAUGUACAAUGUUCCUUACAGCGGUCAGCAGCAGCCUGGGCCCCAGGCCGCCGGACACCAGGGCCAGCAGGACAUGUAUAACCAGUAUAACACGUAUCCAGGAGGGGAGCGCAGACCACCGGCCCCGCAGGGCCAGUUCCCCUUCCCCUUUGGAAGAGAUCGAGGACCUUCAUCUGCAGGUCCAAACUCCCAGUCCCACAUGCCGCCUCAGAUGAUGACCAGCUCCAUGCCUUCUGGUCCAGAUGGGCCCCAGGGCCCCGUGUGGCAGGGUCGCAACGAGAUGGGCUUCCCUAACUACCCCAACCGACAGGGGCCUCCUGUACCGGGCCAGGGCCCCGGGUACCACGGGAUGAACCGCUCAGCAGAGGAGAUGAUGCCUUCAGACCGGGGCAUCAACCAUGAGGGCCAGUGGCCCGGCCACGUUAACCAGAGGCAGCCGCCGUUUGGACCCGCCAGUUCUGGACCACCUAUGACCAGACCCUUACCCUCUACCUACCAGACUUCUCAGAACCACAUUCCUCAGGUGUCGAGCCCGGCUCCCAUGCCGCGGCCCAUGGAGGCCAGGACGUCCCCCAGCAAGUCCCCUUAUAUGCACCCUGGCAUCAAGGUGCAGAAAGCCGGCCCUCCGGUGCCCGCGUCGCAUAUCGGCCAGGCCCCCGUGCAGCAACCCAUGAUCCGGAGAGAUGUGGCCUUCCCCCCCGGCUCUGUGGAGGCGACCCAACCCCACCUUAAACCCAGACGGAGGCUCACCAUGAAAGACAUCGGAACUCCUGAGGCCUGGAGGGUUAUGAUGUCCCUGAAGUCCGGUUUACUGGCUGAAAGCACCUGGGCCUUGGACACCAUUAAUAUCUUACUGUAUGACGACGGCAGCAUUACUACUUUUAAUCUCUGUCAGCUGCCUGGCUUCCUGGAGCUGAUAGUGGAGUACUUCAGGCGCUGCCUCAUAGAGAUCUUCGACAUCCUGAAAGAGUACGAGGUGGGAGACCCCGGUCAGCGCACCCUGAUAGACCCCAAUGCUGCAGAGGUCUCUGACGAUGAAAUCCCCCUGCCUGAGUGUGAGGACAUGGACACAGAUGAGGAGGAGGAUGAAGACGAGGAGAACGAGGAGAAAAGGCCCAACCAUGAGACCUCCUCACUGGUGAAGGUUAAAGAGGAGGAGGAAGAAAACUCCCCGAAAGACAAAUCCUCUGACGACGAGGAAGAGAAGAAGGAGUCUUCUACCAAGGAAGCCGGUAGCUCUACCUCAGGGUCUUCUCAGGACCCCAACAUUCACUCGGAAAAGCCCAAGCAGGCGAGCAAGUUUGAUAAACUCCCCAUCAAGGUGGUGCGUAAGAAGAACCCCUUCCAGUUAAACCACUCAUCCAAGCUGGGGCAGCGGCAGAGUUUUGACAGCGGCCUGAUACACUGGAGCAUUGGCGGUGGCGACACUACUGAACACAUCCAGACCCACUUCGAGAGUCAGACGGACCUUCUGAAGCUGCGGAAACGCUCGCCGCCUGCCGCCGAAGGCCGUAAGAAGGCCAAGCUGCCGGGCCCGACGAUGGAGAACUCUGAGAAAUCCAAGUCCUGUUCGGAAGACAAGGUCCACCAGCAGCCGGCCCAGUCCUCUGAUCCCGACAACGCCUCGUCGGAGAAGACCCCUUCCUCCCUGCCCAUAGGGGCUCCCGUCACCGCCACCAUCGAUGACGUACUGUCAGCCCGACCGGGGUCGGUCACUAUGGAGGUGGUCCGAGGAGGCGUGGACGAGCAGAAAGAGAACGGCAAGUACCUGUUCAGCAUCAACCCGGACCCUCAGAAUCGGCGCAACGUCAAAAUACUAGAAGACGAGCCUCACAGCAAGGACGAAACCCCCCUCAGCACUCUGUCGGACUGGCAGGACUCGUUGGCGCGACGCUGCAUCUGCGUUUCCAACAUCAUCAGGAGCCUCUCUUUCGUUCCCGGUAACGACCUAGAAAUGUCCAAACACCCGGGCCUCCUGCUGCUGCUGGGCCGCCUGGUGCUGCUCCACCACAGGCACCCCGAGCGCAAACAGGCGCCGGUCACCUACGAGAAGGAGGAGGAGGAAGACGAGGGCGUGAGCUGCGACAGAGACGAGUGGUGGUGGGACUGCCUGGAGGUGCUGAGGGAGAACUGCUUGGUCACUCUGGCCAACAUCUCCGGCCAGCUGGACCUUUCCAUCUACCCAGAGAGUAUAUGCCUGCCGCUGCUGGACGGCCUGCUGCACUGGGCCGUGUGCCCCUCGGCGGAAGCCUUGGACCCCUUCCCCACCCUGGGGCCACACAGCUCCCUCUCCCCCCAGAGACUGGUCCUCGAGACCCUCAGUAAGCUCAGCAUCCAGGACAACAACGUGGACCUCAUCCUGGCGACGCCGCCGUUCAGCCGCUUGGAGAAGCUCUACGGCUCGCUCGUGCGCCUGGUCGGCGAACGCAAAGUGGCCGUCUGCCGGGAAAUGGCGGUGGUUUUGCUAGCCAAUUUAGCUCAGGGCGACAGCCUAGCAGCGCGGGCCAUCGCUGUGCAGAAAGGCAGCGUGGGAAACCUGCUGGGCUUCUUGGAGGACAGCCUAGCAGCCACGCAGUACCAACAGAGCCAAAGCUCCCUGCUUCAGAUGCAGGGCGGCCCCCAUUUUGAGCCUACCAGCGUGGACAUGAUGCGGCGGGCGGCCCGGGCGCUGCACGCCCUGGCUAAGGUGGAAGAAAACCACUCAGAGUUCACUUUGUACGAGUCGCGCCUACUAGACAUCUCCGUGUCGCCGCUCAUGAACCCUCUGGUGUCGCAGGUCAUCUGUGACGUUCUGUUUUUGAUUGGCCAGUCAUGACAGCCGCCAGCGGCGUUCCGCUCUGCCUCUUUCCGUUCCCUCCCAAUCUCCUUUUUUCGUAUGUGUGCGGAUGUAUGCGUGGUAUGAGUGAAACGAGUACGAACCGACUGUCCUUUGUUUUUAAUUUAUGCAAAAAUCACCUCGGACUCUGUCUUUUUACCCCCCCUGCUUCUCACUAAAGGAAGGAAUAUCAUGAAGUAGCUGUGGAUUUAAAGCGUCUCAAGCGGAGCGAUUAGCGGCAGGAAGGAGCAGAUCAGGACCCAGGCAUAGGACAGAAUGCACUGCCCUGCAGACUGGACUCUUUGGGUUUUUUUAAGGAAAACAAAAACUCCAUUUAAAAAAGAAAAAAAGGUAUAAAA